AAACCUUACAAAUGCAGUGAAUGUGGGAAGUUCUUUAGAUAUUGCUUCACACUGAGUAGACAUCGGAGGCUUCAUUCUGGAGAAAGGCCUUAUGAAUGCAGUGAAUGUGGGAAGAUUUUUAUGGACACUUCACACCGAAGUCAUCAGAGAGUUCACACUGGAGAAAGACCUUAUGAAUGUAGCAAGUGUGGAAAAUUUUUUAGAUAUCACUCCACACUUGAUACACAUCAGAGAGUUCAUAGUGGGGAAAGGCUUUAUGAGUGUAGUGAAUGUGGGAAAUUCUUUAGCCACAACUCAAGUCAAAUUAGACACUGGAGAAAUCACAUUAGAGAAAAGCCUUAUGAGUGCAACAAAUGUGGGAAAGGUUUUAGCCAAAAUUCCCACCUCAUUCGGCACCAAAAUGUUCACAUUAGAGAAAGAAAUUAUGAGUGCAGCAAAUGUGAGAAAUUCUUUACGAACAAUUCCACAGUUCUUAGUCAUCAGAGAGUUCAUGCUGGAGAAAAUCCUUCUGAGUGCAAUGAAUGUGGGAAAGUCUUUAGAUAUAACUCAAGCCUCAUUAAACAUACGAGAAUUCACAUCGGAGAAACGCCUUAUGAGUGCCGUGAAUGUGGGAAAGUGUUUAACCAAAACUCCCACCUCAUUCAGCUCCAAAACAUUCACAUCAGAUAAAGAACUUACAAGUAAAUGUUAAAAAACUUCAGACAGAAAUAUGCUCUGAUUUAUAAUUGGGAACUAGUUUUUUUAAAAUUCUAAAAUGCUGACAACAAAAUUUAUCAUCAUUACAAUGUUAAAGUGUACAGUUCAGUAAUUGUCCACAUUGUGCAAUGAAUGUUCAGAAGUCUUUUCAUCUUUUUUUUUUUUUUUAGGAAGAGUGAGAGAGAGAGAGUGAGAGAGAGAAUUUUUAAAAAUAUUUAUUUAUUUUUUUUUAGUUCUCGGCGAACACAACAUCUUUGUUGGUAUGUGGUGCUGAGGAUCGAACCCGGGCCGCACACAUGCUAGGCGAACACGCUACCGCUUGAGCCACAUCCCCUGCCCAAGUCUUUUCAUCUUACAAGAUAGGGAAAACUCUAUGUCCUUUAUUAACGACUUAUUUUCCAUUACACCCAGCCCCUGAUAGCACUCUGAACUUCAUUAGUACUCUCUCUAAGGAAAAUUGUUUUGAAUCUUAUUAUUUUGUGCCCCAUUUUACCCGUCUUCAAAAGGAUUAGAAUUUCCUUUUUAAAGCUGAAUAAAAUCCCAUAUAUAACACUUUAUCUAUACAUAAUGAGAAUUGCUUUGCAUUCAUUUCAUGUAUUUGCUAUGGAGGAUAAUGACUCCCAUGAGUAUAUAGAUAAAGAUUUGAGGUUUUGCUUUUUAAAAAUUUACAUAUAUAUUUGAGGGUGCUGCUGGGAAUCAAACCUAGGGCCUCACAUGUGCCCGUCAGACAUUCUACCACUGAGCCACAUUCCUACUCCUCUGCUUUAAAUUCUUUUUUUGGUGUAGAGGCAGACAUGGAAUUGCUGUUUCAUAGGAUAUGAGACAUGGUUUUCAUAGCAGGUGUACCAUUUUGGAGUCUCAUAAAUAGUACAAGUGUUCUAAUUUUUCACACCACAAUUCUUUCUCUUUUUAAAUAGUUAUUUAAAUGGAUGUGAGGUAUUUCAUUGUCACUUUGAUUUGCAUUUCCGUAAUGAUUACUGAUGAACAUUUUUUAUCUACCUCUUGCUCAAUGUUCUUUAGAGAAAUGUAUAUUCAAUUCUUUUAACCCUCUUUUCUCUUCCCUCUCACUUUCUCAAUGUUGGGGAUGAAAUCCAGAGUCUCACACAUGCCAGACAAGCACUCUGCCACAGAGCCACAUUCCCAGCUCCUUGUUGUCCAUUCUUUUGCAUGUGAGUAUCUAGCUUUUGAACACUUUCUUCAAAAGACUCCUUUCCCAAAUCAGUCCUUUCUGCACUUUCAUCACAUAUCUGCAUAAACAUGAAGGUUUAUUCCUGUGCUUUUCAUUUUGUUGCUGUGUCAGCUUCUCAUUACUGUGAUAAAUAACAGUAAAAUCGAUUUAGGACGUUUGCCAGGCACGGUGGUGCAUGUCUGCAAUCCCAGCAACUUGGGAGGCUGAGGAGAGAGGAUUACAAGUUCAAAGCCAGCCUCAACAACUUAGUGAGGCCCUGUCUCUAAAUAAAAAAGGGCUGGGGAUGUGGCUCAGUGGUGAAGCACUCCUGGGUUCGAUCCCCAAUUAAAAAAAAGAAUUUUGGAGGUUUCAGUCCACAUUUACUUGGCCAUUGCUUUUGGGCUCGUGACAAGUAUAUCAUGAGGGGAGUGAGGCAGAGGAAGCCACUUCACGGCAGCCAGGAAGCAAGAAGGGAACAGGUUGGGGUUCCAAUAACCCCUUCAAGGGAACCCCCACAUGACAUAACUUCCUCCCACUAGCUCUUGAUUUUUAGAGAUUAGUCAUCCUCUAGUAGGGGCCACAAAUCGGUAAUCAAGCACAUAACACAUGGAACUUUAGGGGACACAUAACCAUCGCACUGGAUAGUCAAUGAACUAACUACCCAUGUAAUUAUGAAGAAAAUGCUAGUUGUGCUACAGGAAAAUCAGUAAAAAUGUACCCCUACUGAUUUCUUUGAAAUAUUUACAGAAUUGAAUAUUUGGGGCUUAAUGGGUUAUGAGGAAGUGGAGUCCUGCCCCGUUUGGAUUCCCAGAAUUUCAUUUCUUGGAGCCCUUUCCUGGGCAUUAGACCUAUAAUCACCAGGUAACUACCCAACAAGUCUCAGAAGCUUGAGGCAGAGGCUGGAAACUUAUCUAGAAGACUGUGGCGGAAAACAGGAGGGAGUGCUGCUGCGCAUGUGAAUCAGUGAACGCAGGACUUACUGCACCUGCAGCAGUCUUAGGCUUUUCUCUUGCUUUAAACCUGUUCAGGGACUUUGGCUUAGACUGAGGUGAUGAAGCAAGAAAGUGGAAGAAAAGGCUGUUGUCCCCCUGCCCUGGGAUGAGUGUGAGGUUCAAUUGAGCCAGGCUGGGGACUCCAAUGUCCUUGUCCCCGUCUUGAUCACUUGCCCCAUCUUCUGGCUCUUCCCUGGCUCAGCUGAUGGAGGUCCAUCUCGUGAGGUGGUAGGAGGGAGGUAGUGCUUCCCCAGGCACUCUUGAACCCCCACACACAAUGCUAAAACCUGGGUGGAGGGGUGCCUGCUAAGUUCUAUGCAGAUCUGGUCCUUAUGGCCAGAAGAUAGGCAGAGAGACCUUUGAGGCCACUGCAAAACCUCCAGGGGAAUAUUGGUUGAAGUAGAACUGGUGGAGUGGAAAGACGGGAUACAUCAUAAGAUCUCAGAUAGAGAUCUUGGAAAACUAGAGCCUACAGAUUUCCUGAAACAUCAAAUGUAACUGAGAAAGUGGGGAGUGAAGGCCCAGCCCAUAUUUUUUGCCUUAACAUCUGAGAAAAUGGAGCAGGUUUUGGAGAACUGAGUUUGGAGCAUGGCGAUUCUCUGACAUUUCAAGUCAUAGAUGUUACUUCAUUGACCAGUGGUCAUUCAGGUUUGGAGUUAAAGUGGACUGAGUUGGAGCUUUGAAAGUGUGGAGAAUAGGAAACACACCAGGGCAUGCCAUAGAUAUCAGGUUUAGGAAGGAUUCAAAAAUUGUAAUUUCAGAUAGGCCCUGUGGUGAAAAAGGGAGAGCUGAGGCUGGAGAGCAGAGCUGGGGAGGUCAGUAUCUCUAAUGAUCCCUCCCUCUAGAAAGGAGGGGACCCACUAUAGGAGGGAUCUGGUGCUCUGCCUACAAAAGGAGACCUGGAUGGUAAGGGAUAGAGACUGAAAUAUGCAAUGGUAGUGCAUCUCCAACAAGUAAUAGCUCACUAAAUAAUUAAAGAGGCUGUUAAUUUGAGGAUCUUUUUAAUGAGAUUGUCUUUGCUGUUACAUAAGCAAGCCUGAAUUUAACCUGAAAAUGUUUCUUGUAACUAACUUAAAAGAAACAAACUAAAACGAGCAUCAGGCUGUCACAAUAGGCAAUCAGUUACUGGUUAUACAACUAAGGACCUCCUUCAAACUACAUUCAAAUAAAGCAAAUGCCUCAUCUUAACAUACCCAAGUAAGGCAAUACCUAGCUAUAGCAAUUCUAAUGAGGUCUUUGCUCUUCUUGGGUAUAAAACUUUCCACUCAUGUGGAAAGUGGGCAGUGCUCACUCGAUCUUUCUCAACUUUUGAGUGUUGCCCUGUGGGGGAGCCGCAAAGAAUGCCCACACUCUUCCAGGCCUGAUGCCGCAGAUUCUGACCAACCACUGCAUUUGCUCUGGUUUGGGCGGGGUCUAGCCUGGAUAGUACGAUGGUCUUCUUUUUGGGAUGUGCCCCCAGGGUUGAGUUACACUGACCCGUCCCUUGUAUCCCUGCCCCUUCUUCCCUUUUCUGGAUAGAACUUUCUAAGAAUAAGAGUCCCCCCCCCAAUAAAAGCUCAUUUCCCAACGUGUUCUCUCCUCCCCGCUUUCUCUCCCUCCCUGUCCCCCCCUUUGUCUCGCUCUCCCUGUCUCCUUUCUCUUGCGCUCCCUCUUGGGGAGCCUGAGGCGAGAGCAGGGAACCUGUCCUGAAGCUUGUGUAGGGUAAAUCGUGUCUGUGUCUUACUUGG